UUAGCUUCUGUUUUGGAGAGAUGACUAAGGAAAACCAGACUACAUCACGACCUGAAUUUCUCCUUCUGGGAUUCUCCGAUCUCAGGGCUCUGCAAGGCCCCCUAUUUUGGAUGGUGUUUCUGGUCUAUGUGGUCACCUUACUGGGCAACUCUGUGAUCAUACUCCUUACUCAAGCCAGCCCUGCCCUGCACUCCCCCAUGUACUUCUUUCUGCGCCACCUCUCUGUGGUGGAACUCCUCUACACCACCGACAUUGUGCCCAGGACUCUGGUUGACCUCACCUCCUCACACCCCCGGGCCAUCUCCUUUCAGGGCUGUGCAGCCCAAAUGUAUGUCUUCAUUGUCCUGGGCAUCUCAGAGUGCUGCCUGCUAACAGCCAUGGCCUAUGACCGCUAUGCCGCCAUCUGCCAGCCCCUGCACUACUGUACCCUCAUGAGCCGGCAGGCCUGCAUGACCAUGGUGGGCACUUCCUGGCUCAUGGGCAUCAUCACAGCCACCACCCACUCCUCCCUCAUCUUCACUCUGCCUUUCCCCAGUCACCCAGUCAUCCCACACUUCCUCUGUGACAUCCUGCCAGUACUGAGGCUGGCCAGUGCUGGGAAGCACAGAAGUGAAGUCUCUGUGAUGACCGCUACCAUAGUCUUCAUCAUGGUCCCCUUCUCUCUGAUUGUCACCUCUUAUGCCCGCAUCCUGAGUGCCAUCUUGGCAAUGGUCUCCACCCAGAGCCGCCACAAGGUCUUCUCUACCUGCUCCUCCCACCUGCUUGUAGUCACCCUCUUCUUUGGAACAGCCAGCAUCACCUACAUCCGGCCCCAGGCAGGAUCCUCUGUCACUGUGGACCGCAUCCUCAGCCUCUUCUACACAGUUAUCACUCCCAUGCUCAACCCCAUCAUCUAUACCCUUCGGAACAAGGAGGUGACAGGGGCCCUGCAGCACAUGGUGAAAAGGCAUGUCCCCUCACCCUGAAGGGACUCUGAAGAUAU